CGAAAUGUCACCGGUAAUCUAGGCCAUUUCCAGUUUGUAAAAAAUGACGGAUUUGGAUUUAACCUCGGUGUGUAUCCCCAAAUCGUCAGCUUUCGCGUCGGCGCUGUGUUCAGCGGAAGCCUUUUCGUAGGAUCGGAUGCAAAUGGUACUGAAGCGGACAGCUGUGUGUUCACAUUAGCUCGCGGGAGACUGCGGUUGUCAUUGAUCUUUUGAAGCGGCGGACGCGGAGGAGUAAAACUGAGAGAUGAUGUGCGAGGUGAUGCCCACCAUCAGCGAGGACACGGCGCUGAGCCAGCGCGGGUCCCAGAGCAGCGCCUCGGACCCGGACUCCCACUUCGAGCAGCUGAUGGUCAACAUGCUGGACGAGCGCGACCGGCUGCUGGACACGCUCCGGGAGACGCAGGAGAGCCUGGGCCUCACCCAGCAGCACCUGGAGGACAUCAUCUACGACCGCGACUCCCUGCAACGCCAGCUCAGCUCCGCCCUGCCCCAGGAGUUUGCCGCCCUCACCAAGGAGCUGAACGCCUGCCGAGAACAGCUGCUGGAGAAGGAGGAGGAGAUCUCCGAGCUCAAAGCCGAGAGGAACAACACCAGGUUGCUGCUGGAGCAUUUGGAGUGCCUUGUGUCCAGACACGAGCGGUCGCUGCGUAUGACCGUAGUCAAGAGGCAGGCCCAGUCUCCUUCGGGCGUUUCCAGCGAGGUUGAGGUGCUCAAAGCGCUCAAGUCCCUGUUCGAGCACCACAAAGCUCUGGAUGAGAAGGUGAGGGAAAGGCUUCGGGUGUCUUUGGAGAGGGUUACGGCCUUGGAAGAGGAGCUAACAGCGGCCAAUCAGGAGAUCGUAGCUUUGCGUGAGCAGAAUGCUCAUAUCCAGAGGAAGGUGGCGUCGGGGGAGGGGGGAGAGGAGCUCCUGGAGGGUACGGACGCAGGGCAGAAGGUCCACGGCAAGCGGCUGUCCAACGGCUCCUUGGAGUCAGCCAAGGAAGCCAGCCAGGUCCUGGAGCUGCAGGAGCUCCUGGAGAAACAGAACUACGAGCUGGCCCAGAUGAAGGAGCGCAUGUCCUCCCUCUCCUCUCGCGUCUCCGAGGUGGAGCAGGAGCUGGAGACCGCCCGCAAGGACCUCCUCAAGUCCGAGGAGAUGAACAACAAGUACCAGAGGGACAUCAAGGAGGUUGGUCAUAAUGCCAUGUGUCAGAAGGAGGACAUGGAGGAGCGCAUCGUCACCCUGGAGAAGCGCUACCUCAGUGCUCAGCGAGAGUCCACCUCCCUGCACGACAUCAGUGACAAGCUGGAGACCGAGCUGGUCAACAAGGAGGCCUUCCUCAGGCAGAUGGAGGAGAAGAACAGGCAGCUCCAGGAGAGGUUGGAGCUGGCUGAGCAGAAGCUACAGCAGACCAUGAGGAAGGCUGAGACGCUCCCGGAGGUGGAGGCCGAGCUGGCCCAGCGAAUCGCCGCCCUCACCAAGGCUGAGGAGCGGCACGGGAGCAUUGAGGAACGCAUGCGGCACCUGGAGGGCCAGCUCGAGGAGAAGAAUCAGGAGCUCCACCGAGCCAGGCAGAGGGAAAAGAUGAACGAGGAGCACAACAAGCGGCUGUCGGACACUGUGGACCGGCUUCUGACGGAGUCCAACGAGCGGCUGCAGCUCCACCUGAAGGAGAGAAUGGCCGCGUUGGAGGAGAAGAAUGUGUUGAUUCAGGACUCUGAAAACCUCCGAAAACAAUUGGAGGAUUCAAUCCAUGACAAAACCCAUCUUGUUGAUGAAAUGGACAAGAUCAGAUCAGAGCUGGAUCAGCACAGAAUACGGACUGGCUCCCUUACAGAGCCAACCUUAUCACGGUCUCACCUGGACACGUCUGCGGAGCUCCGGUUCUCCCUGGGCUCCCUGGCGGAGACCCAGUCAGAGCACUACAGGUCGGCCCGGGUGGUCCGGAGGCCUCGGAGGGGCCGCACCGGCAUCCUCAGGGAGGAGCAGAAGGCCAAGUCGCUGGGGGAGCAGGAGUGGCGGUCCCAGCAGCUGGGGGUUCUGGGUAGCCACCCCUUCGAGAGCGACACGGAGAUGUCGGACAUCGACGACGACGACCGCGAGACGCUCUUCGGCUCCAUGGACCUGCUGUCCCCCAGCGGCCACUCCGACGCCCAGACGCUCGCCAUGAUGCUGCAGGAACAGCUGGACGCCAUCAACCGCGAGAUCCGGCUGAUCCAGGAGGAGAAGGAGUCCACAGAGUUAAGGGCGGAGGAGAUAGAAAACCGCGUGGCCAGCGUGAGUCUGGAGGGGCUGAACCUGGCCCGUGUGCCCCACACAGGGACCUCCAUCACUGCCUCAGCCACCGCCUCUUCCCUGGCCUCCUCCUCCCCUCCGAGCGGCCACUCCACCCCCAAACUCACCCCUCGCAGUCCCGCCCGGGACAUGGAGCGUAUGGGCGUCAUGACGCUGCCCAGCGAUCUAAGGAAACACAGGAGAAAGAUAGCAGCCGUGGAUGAGGACGGCCGAGAGGACAAGGCCACCAUCAAGUGCGAGACGUCCCCACCCCCCACGCCCCGACAAGUGCGCAUGACCCAAACGCUCCCGGCCUCCGCCCACAACGAUGCCCGUUUGGCCGCCACCCUGGAGGCGGAGGCCAGCGCCCUGAGCAGCGUCACCAGCAGCCAGGACUCCCUGCACAAGCAGCCCAAGAAGAAGGGCAUCAAGUCCUCCAUCGGCCGGCUCUUUGGCAAGAAGGAGAAGGCCCGGCUCGGCCAGCUGGCCAAGGAGAUGGGCGGACCCGGCCAAGGCAUGUCAGAUCCAGAGCUGGUUGGUCAGGAUAUCGCCAUGGGGAAGCUGGGAACCCAGGCGGAGAAGGACAGGAGACUGAAGAAGAAGCACGAGCUAUUGGAGGAAGCCCGGAGAAAAGGCUUGCCUUUCGCCCAGUGGGAUGGUCCGACAGUGGUGGCCUGGCUGGAGCUGUGGCUGGGCAUGCCAGCCUGGUACGUGGCGGCCUGUCGUGCCAACGUGAAGAGCGGAGCCAUCAUGUCCGCGCUGUCGGACACGGAGAUCCAGCGCGAGAUCGGCAUCAGCAACCCGCUGCACCGGCUGAAGCUCCGCCUCGCCAUCCAGGAGAUGGUGUCACUCACCAGCCCCUCGGCCCCGCCCACCUCCAGAACUCCGUCAGGCAAUGUCUGGGUGACCCACGAGGAAAUGGAGACCCUGGCAGCCCCCACCAAAACGAAGUCUGAUUCAGAAGAAGGGAGCUGGUCUCAGACCCUGGCGUACGGGGACAUGAACCACGAGUGGAUCGGGAAGGAGUGGCUGCCCAGCCUGGGCCUGCCGCAAUACCGCAGCUACUUCAUGGAGUGCCUGGUGGACGCCCGCAUGCUGGACCACCUCACCAAGAAGGACCUCCGAGUGCAUCUCAAAAUGGUGGACAGCUUCCACAGGACCAGUCUGCAGUAUGGCAUCAUGUGUCUGAAGAAGCUGAACUAUGACAGGAAAGAGCUGGAGAGGAGGAGAGAGCAGAGCCAGCACGAGAUGAGAGACGUGCUGGUGUGGAGUAACGAGCGGGUGAUGCGCUGGGUGCAGAGUGUGGGGUUGAGGGACUACGCCAACAUCCUGAUGGAGAGCGGCGUGCACGGAGCUCUCAUUGCCCUCGACGACAACUUCGACUACAGCAGCCUGGCCCUGCUGCUGCAGAUCCCCAACCAAAACACUCAGGCACGACAGAUCCUGGAGAGAGAGUACAACAACAUGCUGGCCUUAGGAACCGAGAGACGGCUGGAUGAAGACUUCCCUCGCGGGCCAUCCUGGAGGAGGCAGUUCCCCCCGCGGGACGUCCACGGGAUCAGCAUGAUGCCCGGGUCUGCCGAAACGCUGCCGGCCGGCUUCCGCCUCACCACCUCGGGCCACUCCCGCAGGCUGGCCCCUGAAGGUGGUCCGUCGGCCAUACAGCGGUUGGACAGCUCCACCGUGAGGACGUACUCCUGCUGAGCCACCAAUCGGGCCGUCUCUACGUUUCGGCGAGGUCUGAACCCAUGCCCUACCGCUGAAGGCUGCCAGCUGGGGCGCCCACGGUCCGGACGUGAAGCUUCGAUCGAGUCACACUGCCAAAAACCCGCCCCAGAACGAGGGGGGCCCAGCGACUAGACGGCGAGCCAAACUGCCCUUCCCGCACUUAUACAAGCCAAGUCCCCAAAAACCCAGCACCAGCCCACCCCUGGUGCCAGCCAAUGUCUCACUGACCUGUCCUGUCGUUGCCAUUUCUACAUUUUUCAUGUCGCAUAAACUGGUGGAGAAUAUGUGCUGUGUAUUUCUUCUACAGGAAUCAAAUCUGUAGGUUAUCUGUAAAUUUAUAUAUAUAAGACAUUUUUUAUAUAUUAUAUAUACAUAUAUUAAAAAAAGAUACUAAGAAACAAACUCGGUUUGUGAAAAAGUAACGUCAUCAAUCUCAUUUCCAUGUUGAAAAGGAUGCUGCUCUUUGUACCUCUUUUUUCCACGCGAUGGUUUUGUACAUACCUUUAUUUCCUUGUUUUUACUCACUGUACCCAGUUAGUGUGUUUAGACGUGAUUUCACCUCGGAGACAGGCCGGAUGCUACCGAUUCCUCUCAUCCAGUCCCCGAUCAUAGUACUGGACCUAUCCGCCAUACAAGCCUGCCCCCUAGUGGUGUACAGUCUCAUAACGUUUGUGUUGUAAAAAAAAAAAAAAACGAUCCCUGGGAGAUAAAAAAAGGACCUCUACCCGUCGCAAGGAAUUCUGGGAGAGCACAGGAAAGCACUGUGACAUUUCAUUUUGGUCUCGCUUUUCAACGAACCGUAUGGACGGCAGGAAACGCCUGCGCCUUCUACCGUAGAACAAGAUAACAAAUUAAACCACUACUCUCAAGAUCAUCAACUUCAGGACCUGGUGGAAGCGCUAGCACGCUACAGGAAACGCAAGUCGAGAUGACGUCAGACCAGCAGAACGCUUACUCUUCAUAACCUUUCAGCCAAGCCGGCCUUGUUCUCGUAAAACUUCAGCCCGUGCCGCCACGAAAUAACUCAAAGACAGAUGGCCAAACCUGUUGUGUAUAUGAAAGCGCAGUAGUCCAGGAGGAAGUUUAAGGAAAACCCGUAGCUUGUCGUGACUUUACUCGGUGUAGCUGUUGACUCUUGUUUCUGUAGGAGUGGCCAGGGCAGGCCCCCUCUGUAAUCGCUGCCUCAUUGCUGCUGAACCUUAGCUGAACACCUGUCUUUUAGUUAUUUCAACCAGUAUGCUGAUCUCAAUCUUGUUUUUUUAUGUUCUUGUUUUGCACGUAAAAAGAGUCAUUUCAUUUUGUGUCCAUUUUUAUUUAUUACUGACUGUUUUUUUCGGUCAAAACCUAAAUGGUAAUCAGACAGAUUUUCAUUGUCAAUAAAAUGUUGUCAAAUGA